UCAAUAAAAUCUCAGUGUACAAACGAAAGUAUUUGAGCGCAAUCAUUGUUAUAAAAAUGUUGCCGAUUUUGUUUCUAAUCUUGCCUUUCUAUGGUAUAUAUUGCGAACCUGAAACAGUGCGGGAUAAUUUUGACUACUUUAGCUAUGGCAACGAAGAAAACCUUCUAAAAAGCCUCGAAUUAAACGCGCCUAAAGAUGAUAUUGUAUUACGUCCGCAAGAAGUAAAAAAUUGGCCGCAGCAAUCUUUAAAUGUGGGUCAAAUCACGGCUGUUUCUAUCAACUCUCUGGGACAGCCGGUUAUAUUCCAUAGAGCUGAAAGAAUUUGGGAUGAGAGUACGUUCAACGAAUCAAAUGUCUAUCAAAACUUAGACAAGGGACCAAUUAUUGAGGAUACUAUUCUAGUGCUGGAGUCGCGGUCUGGCUCUGUGCUGCAUAGCUGGGGCGCUUAUGCUUUUUAUAUGCCCCACGGUUUAACGGUGGACCACCACGAUAACGUGUGGGUAACGGAUGUUGCCAAGCAUCAAGUAUUUAAGUUCACGCCAAGUAACCACAAAUACCCUAGCCUGACCAUAGGCGAAGCAUUUACAGCUGGUUACCCGCACCGACACAGAGUACUCCUUUGCAUGCCAACCUCAGUAGCCAUCGCGUCGACAGGAGAGAUCUUUGUCGCCGACGGUUAUUGCAACAACCAAAUACUAAAAUUCAACGCAGCUGGAACAUUGCUAAUGGCCAUUCCAUCAUUCUCCGAUACUCUCACACUGAACCUUCCGCACAGUGUUACAUUACUGGAGAAUUUGGAUAGGGUAUGCGUCGCUGAUAGGGAGAAUAUGAGAAUCGUGUGCCCAAAAGCUGGUUUGAAGAGUUACGCCAGAAUGUUUGAGCCAGCUACAGUUGUUGAGGACCCGACGCUCGGGAGAGUGUUUGCUGUGACGUCCCACGGGGACAUUCUGUACGCUGUCAACGGACCCACCUCGCAAAAUAUUGCUGUUAGGGGAUUCACUGUGAACGCGGUGUACGGAAACAUCUUGGACACCUGGGAGCCAAGCACGGGUUUUACAAAUCCGCACUCCCUGGCCGUCACUCGCAACGGCUCUCACCUCUACGUCACCGAAAUAGGCCCAAACAAAAUCUGGAAGUUCGAACUAACCGACGUCUACGACAAGAAAUAAUACACUAUCAUAUUCCAUAUUUAAAAGCUUUAAAAAUAUAUAGUUAGUGGCUUCGUUCGAUCACGAAUCAAAUUCGUGUGUAGUACCAAGUAGAAUUUAAAUUAUUACUAUUAAAAUAUAUUAAUAUAAUAGUAUUGUUAACCUCA